CUUCCACCUGCACCCGCCUUGCGAGUUGCGACCUGCUGCUGCUGGCAACUGCGACUGAGCCAUUGCCCUGCACCAUCCACGCCAGCGCGCCGACGUGUGGGCAUCAUGAGUUACAACCAGUAUUCGGGCUACGGCGGCAAUCCCUACGGCGGCGACCAACAGAGCUAUGGCGCAGCGACUCCCUACUCCACCGACGCCGCCAAUCCCUACGCCGGCGGCUACGACGGGCAAGCGGUGGCCGCCAACCCGCAACCCACCAGCACGACCGAUGGCAACACUUCAUACGCACCAAUUGCGCCGCAAGCGGGCCAGAAUGUGCAGUAUGUCCAGGCUGGGCCCAGCGUCAUGUCCAACUCCGACUUCCUGUCGCGCGUCGAGGCCGUCAAGGCGGAUAUCCGCACCCUCACCACGCACGUUGGCCAGAUCGCGUCACUGCACCAGCGCGCCCUGUCCUCGCCCGAUGGCUCCUCUUCCGGCCAGCUCGAAUCCAUGAUCACCCAGACCCAGGUACUCAACACAUCGAUCAAGGACCAGAUCAAGUUCCUCGAGACCGACGCCGUGCGCAGCAAAGACAAUCAGGUCAAGAACACGCAGGUGGGACAGCUGAAGACUAGCUUUACCAAGCAAGUGCAGGAGUACAGAGUCGAGGAGGCCAAUUACGAGAAGCGCUACAGAGAGCAAAUCGCGCGCCAAUACAGAAUAGUUAAUCCGGAGGCCACCGAAGCUGAAGUCCAGGAAGCCUCAAAUGCCGAUUGGGGCAACGAAGGCGUCUUUCAAACCGCGUUGAAGACGAACCGUUCUGCUACUGCCAACACCGUCCUCGGCGCAGUGCGAGCUCGACACAAUGAUAUUCAAAAGAUUGAAAAGACUCUCAUGGAACUCAACCAGCUUAUGGAAGACCUCGCAACCGCAGUCGUGCUACAGGACGAACCUAUCAUGCAAGCCGAGCAACAUACUGAGAACGUAAAGAAGGAUACCGAAGCUGGCAAUGUACAUCUCGACAAGGGCAUCGAGUCUGCUCGGAGAGCACGAAAACUCAAAUGGUGGUGUUUCUUCAUUGUCCUCGCCAUCAUCAUCAUCCUAGGUCUUGUUCUCGGGCUGUACUUUGGUCUGAACAAGAACUAGACUUCGGAAAAAAUAAAACAAAAGAAAGCACACAGGCCGGUUUUUGGGGCAAUUGGAAUCCUGCCGGUGUUUUAAUGACUAGAGAAACAAACAUCCCUUUUCCCGGCCGAACCUGGCAAGCAGGCAGGACAGCACGGAGAUUUAUUACUCUUCUUCUUCUUCUUCUUCGACAUCAGUCCCGAUGUCGUGGCCUUUUUAUUUUGUGUGUGUGGUCGUUAGACUUUGUACAGCUUGUAUGAGAGAAUAGUGUGGGGAGAGGGAGGGAGGGGGAGAGAGAGAGAGAGAGAGAGAG